AUGAACGAAAAGCACAGCAGCGAUGAUACAGCCAACCACGGCUCGAUGGAGCUGCACGAUCGUGCGGCUGGCAUCAAGCCGCAGAUGCGCAGGCUCCACGACCCGGCCGUGACAUUCGAGGAGUACAUGUUCUACGCCGAGCGGGCGCGCCUCGAGGAAGACGCGGGCGCGCUCCACAACACCCCCGGCGUCACCUUCAAGUCCAUCUUCCUCCCCUCGGCGAACAACAAGAGAAGCAUCGGCGCAGGGGCCGACGGGGCCUGGUCAGCAGCUACGGAGCUGAAUCUGUCGGACCCCAAGGUGCGGGCUGCCAUUAGCGACCAGGAGUGGGCGAAUGCCAGCCGGGCGCUGCGGACGGCGUCGGCUGCGGCGUGCUUUUACUUGAUCACGACGGAUAUCCUGGGACCUUUUGGCGUCGGAUUCGCCUUGGGAACCAUGGGGUGGGGAGAAGGGUUUGGCUUUUAUACUCUCUUUGGCAUCAUGACCGGAUUCUCCGGUUAUCUCCUUUGGAAAGUCUUCAUGAACCGUGCCAGUUUCGAUGAGGAGGACGAGUUCAUGGAGAUGUCUUGA